AUGCAGCUCGUCAUACUGACCAACCUACUGCUGCUCCUACAACCAAUUGCUGUUCUCACGACCACCACCGGUACCAACAACAUGGACAAAGACAAGCCAGAUGUAAUGCGUGGCGACGAUAAAGACCCCAUCAACAUGACCAUCUGUGUAUCUGGUAACGACGAAGACCAGAAUCUCACCCGCGGCAACUCAACCCCGGACCUCGGUGUGGCAUGCAACAACCUCCCUGACCCUGUGGAAGGUUCGAACGGUGAUGGUGACGAUGCUGCAACGGAGGAGAAGAUGGGAAAGAAUGAGAAGAAAAAGAAGCGGGCAGUACGUGCGACUUUGUAUACCGCUCGCUACGACGGGAAGCUUUAUCACGUCCCGAUCAAUUCUUCGCUCGGGGAGGCCUACCGAAACCUGGUCACUAAAGCAGAGAGGCUCGAGUUCAUGAUUAAAAAUGGCGUGGCAGAGCCCUACACAAGCCGAUGCUGUUACAGGCUUGCACCAUAG